UCGAAGGCAUCCGCUGGAUGCAAAAGCGAGGUCUUUUACAGCCGCAACAAUUGUACCCGAGAUGCGGAGAUGAUAUGCAGAUGAAACGAUACAAGUUCAUCGACGGGUUUAGGUACGUAUGCAAAGAUUCGCGCGCAGCACGGACAUCAUUCGCCGAGAUUCGAUCGCUCCGGGCACUCAACAAUAACUCACGUCUCUUUAAAUGACACUCAUUUAACCGUUGGUUUUGAAUCGAAGCAGAUUUUGAAUGGAUGAGUGAUUUGACGGUUAUUUUCGUUCCAGUUUGUAUGAGAUGAGAUCCCUCACAUUUAGAGUUGCGGAUUUGAGUUGAAUCCGUGCAAUGGAUGAUAUAAGAUGGUUAAAUUGGCUCAUAUAAGGAUGUUUAUCAAUCAGUUUUAUUUUUUAAAUAUCUUUGUUUUGUGUGUAAUAGAACUUUGAUGAAUUAAUUAAAUUAUGCACAAUUAUUAUUACAUUUUUUAUUUUCACUUUUGUGUUUGUUUCUUUUUUUAUUCUAAUACACAUAAGUACAAGAGUAUGGUGUGAGGAGGCAGGAGAAUGGGUGGACUAUGAAAGUUUUCAGGUAAGACAUGCGCUUAACAUAGGCAUGGAUCGCGAUUGAGACACGUAAUCACGGCAAUGAUUACGGAUAAGCUACAUUUACUUGAGUCGUUUUACAAUAUAUACAACUGCUUAUUAUUUGUCAUUCUAAAAGCCCUAGGUGGCUGAUUGUUUCGAUUUCCGACAAACAAACCGAUGACGGGUUUAUCUUAGCUAUGAAAAAAUGAAAUGUUCGUUCCUGCCUACAUAUAAUAUAAGACAAUUUUCAUUAUGCAUUAUCAAAAAGUUAUUUAUAAUCAAAACUACUCGUUUCUGAACUUAUCGCAUUCGAUAAACGCAGUGUGGCAGAAUUUCGAUAACACCUACAGGGUGUUUAUAGGAAAAUCAAAUUCUUUAUUUUAUGUGAAUGGUUUUAGUUAGUUUACAUACUGGCUCAUAAAAUAUCUCGUUUGGAUGCGCACAACGUGAUAAAACAAUGGAAAAUUUUAUAAUAAAUUUUGAAACUGAAACGCACCCGAAUAGUGGAAACAAAAAUAUUUCGUCGGCAUAUUUUCUAUUUUUCGGGCAAAAAUUAAAAGCGAUACAGGUAUAUCAAUAGCAAAACCCAAGAAGAAUUAGUUAUACGUUACUCUUCACAUAAUAAAAUUUCGUUGGAAAACAUUUUUUUCACAAACAAAAAUUUUUUUGUAAGGAAGUAUCAAAUGUCGCUAGAACAUCCUGUAUAUUGUAAAAGUAAUUGUGCCAGCAACCUGAUGAAGCGCGCACUUCUCAAAAUGAAACCAAAUUUUCUAAGAAGCAGGUUGAAUAGAAUCACCUGAGAAGCUGUGAUUUAGCUUGUGGUAUGUUUGCGCGUGCAAAACAUUCGGUUGGUUUGCUUUAAUAUUGAUUUGAUUUUGGAAUUGUCGUGAUGGCUGAUAAACGUAAAACAACCACUAAACAACACUUUGAGGUGCUUGUUUCUUUGAUUGAAAGGAACGGGUCCGUAGCGGGGGAUCGGGACAAGGGGUCCAACAAAUUUUGGCAUGAAGUAGCCACAAAUCUGCACGAUUUGGGCCCUCCGAUAAACGAUGUAUCUGGUUGGAAAAAGGUUUGGGCUGAUUAUAAAUCAGGCUUGAAGAAGAAGUUGGCUCACAAUAGGAGCGAAUAUCGUGCUACGGGAGGAGGCCCAUGAUCAUUGCGAAACUUCAAUGCGCUCGAACAGAAAGUGAUUGAGGU